UGACUUGACAGCUGUCACCGUACGCCGAGGUCAAGGGGAAAGAAGCAUGGCUGCGUUGUUUAGAGGGUCCCGAAAUAUAUUGUUAAGGUGGACUAAGCAUGUCGACCUUGCCUUCGUGUCAUCGCGAUCGAUGGCCUCAAAAACACCAGUGGGGUUUGUUGGUCUGGGAAACAUGGGCAGUCCAAUGGCCAAAAACCUGUUAAAAAACGGUUAUCCUGUUAUUGCCACCGAUGUCUUUCCUGAGUCUCGCAAGGAGUUGCAGGAAACUGGUGCCCAGGUAGUCGACUCUCCAGCAGAGGUGGCAGAGAAAGCAGACCGCAUCAUCACUAUGUUACCCUCCAGCCCUAACGUCAUAGAGGUCUACACAGGCCCGAAUGGCAUCCUCAAGAAGGUGAAGAAGGGAACGCUUUUGAUUGACUCCUCAACCAUCGACCCAGCUGUAUCAAAAGAGAUGGCAGUCGCCGCAGAGAAGAUGGGGGCUGUUUUCAUGGAUGCUCCAGUAUCAGGAGGUGUCGGGGCUGCCAGCUUGGCCAAACUGACCUUCAUGGUGGGUGGAGUGGAAGAGGAAUACAACGCUGCUCAGGAGCUGCUCACCUGCAUGGGAGCAAAUGUUGUCUACUGUGGACAGGUUGGAACAGGACAGGCGGCUAAGAUCUGCAACAACAUGCUCCUGGCCAUCGGGAUGAUUGGCACUGCAGAGACCAUGAAUCUUGGAAUCAGACUUGGUUUGGAUCCCAAGCUACUAGCAAAGAUCCUCAACAUGUCCUCAGGUCGUUGCUGGUCCAGCGACACGUACAAUCCAGUCCCUGGUGUCAUGGAGGGAGUCCCCUCAGGCAACAGCUACCAGGGCGGCUUUGGAACCACACUAAUGGCAAAGGAUCUUGGUUUGGCUCAAAACACUGCCACCAACACUAAGACACCCAUCCCUCUGGGCUCCCUCGCCCACCAGAUCUUCAGAGUCAUGUGCUCCCGAGGCUACGCUAACAAGGACUUCUCAUCCGUCUUCCAAUUCCUACGCGAGGAGGAAGGCCAGUGAUGGAGAGGGAGCAAAGUAGACUGUGAUGUUACCAUACACACACACCCACACACACACACCACACACACACACGUAUGUACACACCCCAGUGCCCCUUAUCCCACUAUGCUCAGGAGAGACUACGGCCUUGCCCUCAGGCACAGAUCUGCAGUCGAAUUAACAUACUGUAUGUCGACACGUGCCCCCCCCCCCCCCCCCCCCCCCCCCCCCCCUAUUGCGUUAGAUGAAUCAUAUUUACCAUCCUCCGCUCACCUUCUGCAUGGUGGAGAUGCUAAAACUGACCUUAGAUCAGUAUCGAGAGACAAAGCCAACUCUCUCCGUAGUCUGGGCUGAGAGGCCGGAGUGAAAUGAGGUAGGAUGAGGCACUGCAAGAUUUUGUGUAACAAUGCAAAUAAUGUGCGGUUUCCAGGACGAUUGAUAAGUAAUAAGUGCAUGAUUGUUCAAAGUUUAGGUACGCUUUUGUCGGGUUUGCGCUUUUUUGCUUUGUUAUGACUCGGACAUUUCCAAGUCCAAUGAAAGAGGACAGAGUAAAGACACACUAUAGUAAGGAUACAUAAAGUGAUAAAGUGUCAUUGAAGAGACAGUGCAAGAGAGUGCAGAGUUUUGGUUAACCUAUUGUUUUUCUUUUUCAACCAUUUCCCUUUUUACUUGAAACACAAAGCCCAUGAUUUCAGCACUACAUGUAAGGUAACCAAAACUGACCACACUGUUGGAUCAAUAUUUACUUUUGUUACAGUUGUCAGUGUUUGUUUGUUUUUUAUCCUACCAGAAUCCAUUCUUCAUUUCAUUUUUCAACCAUACACUUUUUUUUUUUUUACCUCAUGAUGAAACUACAGUUACAUUUUUCCUCAGAUAUUUGGUAUGUUGACGGACAUUUAAUUCUCAUCCCACUGGAUCACCCAGUUCUGCUUGUCUAAAUACUGUGAUAUCUUAUAUUUGGGGUUAUUUUUGCACUGUGUGCAUUGCAGUGCAAUGCUCGGGGCAAUUUUGAUACAGUUACAGAAUCUCUUUGAACUUACCUCUCUGCUCUGCCGUCUGCAGCUGCUUAUCUAGCCACUGGAGUAUUAUUUUAUGACCAACACUGUUUGAAUUUUAUACUGUUCACUACAAAAUGUUAUUCUCACCGUCUAGCACUUUCUCUCACCAUCUUUUCUGUUUUAAAGUCUAUCCUCAGAUAUUUUUCCUCUCACACUCUGUCUCUCUUUCAGCUUGUAUAACAUCUGUGUAAAAUGUGGGCAGGGAACAGCUGCUCCCCCGCUCAGAGCAAAUGUACAUAAUGUAUAUUUCGAAUUGUUGUGUAGUAUUAAAGAGGAAUCUAAAUGGA